AUGGCGCCUUCAAAAUAUAACACGAAUCAGACGAUCUCGCUCAAGUCGGAGCAUGGCGUAGUCAUCAAAGUUCAGGCGUUCCAUCUCAUGUCCGCGAGUGAGACAUUCCGAGACAUGUUCAGUAGCGUCGCCACCUAUUCUUCUACUCCCAUCGACAUACCAACCCCACUCCCUCAUCCUCCACUUCUUCGUCCACCUGCUCGAGCACAAGUCUGGCAAAUCCACCUCUCGUUAUGGGGACCUGCCUGUCGGACAUCCGCUGUACCACCCUUCUGUGGCUUAGAAGAGCGAGCGCUAGCGCACUUUGAGCCGUUCUGGGUGGAAGACCCUUGGUCAAUCCUGGUCUAUGCCGGAGAAACGGGGGAUGUCUCGUUGGCGAGGAGGGCCAUCGAGCUAUUCGGCGAUCUAGGCGGCUUGCGAGGUCCUGACUUUUGGACAGUCAAUCCCAACACUAUGGAUCCAAAACAGGCGGAGCGGUUGCCAUUGGGCUGGUUCAUGGGGUAUUGUCGGGCGUGGAAUGAACAGACGAAAGGCUAUUCCGCCGAAGCACGCCGCCGGCGACGACUCUCUGGGAAAGAAGAAGAAGCGCAGGAUCUAACUAAAGGAGCUGGUGCGGGCGGAGCUGGAGUCCGGAGGCAUCAAACGGCAGUGUGGACUAAGCCUGCCGCGCUCACUGAUCUAGACAACAUGGCAGCACUAUCGCCCAAAGUCAUUGAGGAUGAACUCGUGGAGCUCAGGUCGGAGGAUGACGUGAUCUUCAAGGUCGAAGACUUCUACCUCAAAGCCAGUUGCGGGACCUUCCGCAACAUGCUCUCCGUCUUUCCCAUCACCACUGGUGGCGGAGUCUUGCAGUCCCACUCCGGUCCCCCGAUCGACGUACCGGCCCACUCUGUCGUCCUCGCUGCAUUCAUCGAACUGCUCAAACACAACGAGCUGUCCGACCCUGCGACUAUCACUCUUCGCUUCCCAGUCACGCACGAGCUUCACGGCCCAGACAACAGCAUCAAAUGCCUGGUGGCGAUCAUCGAGCUCAUGCGCUGGGCCGAGUGCGCAAGCCCCAUGGCCAAGCGCGCUCUCAAGCACUUCAAACCCCUCUUCCACAUGGAUCCGUGGACGGUAUAUGCGCUGGCGGCCGUCCUUGACGAUAUCAAGAUGGCCAAAAAGGCGAUCGAGGACGUAGGGAGGAAGGACAGCGAAUAUCAGCGGGGGAUAUGUCCGGCACACAUGGCGCUCGAUAUUGCCCCAUCAGUCGAGCUAGCAUGGCUGGUCGGGUACUGGCAGGCCUAUGACCGGGCUUCUCGGGCGGAACCGGAGCUUCAAGCUGCCCACCUGCCGAGUUGGUCUGGCCGUGGCCGUGGCCGCGGGGGUUCUUUGGCGCACGCCGUUCAGCCCUAUGUGAUUCGCCCUGUAGCCACGACUGAACUGGAGACAGGGUUCUGGUCAAAAGUGGCCCAGCAGUUCAUGGGACUGGCAAGCGCCGCUCUUGGCGGGCUUACCUGUGCAGCCCAGGCUGGGAUCCGAAACGCUCGGAUGUUUCAGAUUUUUGCCACCGCUCAGACCACCCACCUUCACCUCCCCACUUCAACCCAGAAUCCCGCCAUCAUCCAUCAUCCUUCUUGCCGCGCGCCUCUUCCAGAUCCCCUGCUCUACUUCUACCUCUCAGUGAAAUACCGGACCAUGUCCCUGCCCCAAAUUCCCAACAUCCCUCAAAUCCCCCCCUCAACUCGAGGCCGAGUUUGCAAGAACGGCGGUUCUCACGGACCCCAACACCGGUUUCGCACACAGCGAAUCAGAAUCGACUUUGGCGCACUCCAGUACCCCUACUCCGACGAUGAUGCGGAGCUGCAGCUCAGGUCCGAGGAUGGGGCGAUAUUCAAGGUCCAGGCCUUCUAUCUGAAGGCAGCAAGCGGAGUCUUCCGGAGCAUGCUUACUUCCUCCGCUGCGCGUACCAACGACACGACUGGCCCCAAUGCUACUCAACAGCCGCCUAUCGAGAUCUCCGCCCCUUCGCUCAUCGUCCGGCUCUUCAUCGAUCUCAUGUACCACACCGACCUCCUCGCGACCGCUUCGGAUCCACUUGACCCCUCCCCUGGCCCCUCGCUUCCGACUCUCGCAUCGACGCCUCCCUCUGCUUCCAGCCCUGCUGAAACCCAGUCCGGCCCCACCCCGCACUUCACCGAUCUCUUUCGAUCCGCCAACAACGCUUACCGCGGGCGCUCCAAUGCCAUCGCUGCCCUGUCCGCCCUUCUCCAGCUUCUCGACCAGUUCGAGUGCGGACCGGGUAUGCGCGAGCGGGCGCUUAACCACUUCGAGCCCACCUUUGGCUCGGACCCAUGGCGCGUGCUGUGCAUUGCAGCCAGGUACGAGGAUCUGGCACUGGCGAAGAAGGCGAUCGGGAAGUUCGGGGGUCUGAGCGAGGAGAGGAGGAGCAAGGUGGAUCCGGACAGGCUGGACCCGAGAGAGGCGGAGACGCUCCCAGUGGCUUGGUUGUUGGGGUACUUUAGGGCCCAUAAAGCCGCUACCGCGGCCGUGAGUGCGAAGUCCGGUGCAAUCAAUGCGCAAAAGUCGUAA